AUGCUGAAGCACCCCGACCCGUUCAAGGACCUGUGGCUCGACCUCAAGGUCAUGGCCAACACCCUGCCCCGGUGCAAGCGCUCCGAGCGCGCGCGCACGGAGGUCGAGGCGCUCCUCGGCGCCGGCUGCAGCCCCGUGUGGCUCACUGGCCACUCCCUCGGAGCGUCCCUGGCGCUGGACGUGGGGCGGAGGAUGAUGGCGGAGAAUGGGGUGAGCCUCCCGACCUUCCUCUUCAACCCGCCGCAGGUGUCGCCCGCGCCGGUGAUCAACGCGCUGCGGCCGACGGAGGUGGGGAAGAGGGACCUGUACGCCACCAGCUACGUCUUGAAGGCCGGCCUCGGGCUGGUCCUCAGCCCCCACCGAAAGCGCAUGGAGGCGCUGUUCCAGAGGCUGGCCCCGUGGGCGCCGCGGCUGUACGUGCACGACAGGGACGUCGUCUGCCUGGGCUUCAUCGACUACUUCCAGCAGCGGCAGCUGAUUCAGGAGCGCUUCCGCGGGGUGGCCCGGUCGGCGAUGACGCUGUCGUACCGUGACAUGCUCUUCUCCUUGGUCGGCGCCGACAAGGAGCGGCCGCAUGUCCUUCCUUCGGCCAUGCUGGUGAAGAACUCCAGCGACUGCGACGCCCACGGGCUCGAGCAAUGGUGGAAGCCAGACGGUGAGCUCAACUUGAGCGCCACGCGUUACAGCUAUCCUGGAGCUUAA